GAAAUGAGAGCGCAGAAGUACGCGCAGCAUUCAACAAAGAGCCGAUCUAUUACUGGAGGAAAACAAACUUUCGAAAUCACUUUGGCAGAACCUAUAGAUGAGACAGAAGAUGCUGGAAAAGUUUCAUUGGAGCUAACAACGGUUAGGCAAAAACCUCAAAUGGAUGCAACCGUAUUCAAUUUAUUAUUCGAUCAUCAAGUACACUUGGACAAUCCGGUAGAUCUGCGCAGCAAAGAUUGUCAUGUUGACGUAUUCAUGCUGGAAGCGCUAAACAACAGCAUAAAGAAAUUUUCCACGUUGACAACUCUGAAAUUACAAAGAUGUUUCAUAGAUGAAUUUGGAAUUGCAAAAAUAGCACAAAUUUUAGCCGAACCCGGUUCCACAAUAAAAGAUUUGAAUUUGGACAUGAACUCGAACACGAAACAAAACCAUCACCUUCUUUGUGCCACAGGGACUAGGCUUCUUUAUCUAUCACUGAAAAUGUGUGAAAUAAACGACGACGGAGUGGCGAAAAUAGCUUCAAAUCUGUCUUACCACGAUGAACCAUAUACGUCCACAUUAAUCGUGCUCAACCUUGCAAAUAAUACUAUUUCUCAAAUAGGGGCGGAAAAGAUUGGUAAUAUGUUGCGGACAAACAGAUCAUUACAAAGUUUGACAUUAACUGGAAACAAAAUAAACGACGCAGGUGUGAAAUGCAUACUCGACCAAUUGAGCCCGUUUACACUGACGCAUGCCGAGAUAGUGGAGAAGCGACGUAGAAACAUUAACCGAUUGAAACUCUGCAAGGAAAAAAUGGAUAAUCUCUCCAAUCAAACUUUACGAACUGGAUCUACAGCCUCUGAAAGCAAAGAGCGGGGACGCGACAGCCGUAUUUCAAAAAAACGAAGAGGUUUCGAUUGAUUUGAUAUUACGUAGUGUCAGUCAUUCGAGGAACGAGCAGAAGCCAUGAUUCCAGUUGAUACCUAUCCUUUGGUGAAAGACCUCAUCCCAGUUGACGGAACCCUUAUAUGCCCUGGAAAUUUUAGGCUUCAGCACUUGAACCUGAGCUGUAAUUACACCUAUACAUACAUUGGCUGUGAAUUGAAUUAAUUUCGAAGGAAGCAUGAUAGAUUUUCUAUGAAAACGUUUUAUGUAUAUCGGAACCUUUUGAACAUCGUAUUUGAUCUAUUCGUCGAUUCACUCUAUUAAUCUGACAACCUUGACUUUGAUUAACAUGCCAUUACGGUAU